AUGGAUUCGAGUCUGGAUCUUAAAAAGCAAUGUCUCAUUGUGCAUGUGAUGAAUUUCUUGCAAGAAGAACUGAUAAGUGGAACACUCAGUGAAGAAAAAAAAGAAUCCGUAGAAGUAGCCAUUCAAUGUCUCGAAAGCGCAUUUGAUAUUGACACUGAUAUUAAAAAUAAGGCUGGAAAUGAAAAUUUGAAUUUACUUUCUCUUAUACCGUCAUGUCAUAAGGUGGUUGUCACUGAGGAGCAAAUGAAAGAGGCUGAGGCUUGUAAAAACAACGGCAAUAUUCACAUGAAAAAUGCAUCUUACAUCGAAGCAUUGGCCGAAUAUUCCAAAGCAAUCACUUUGAACCCUAAUAAUGCCGUUUACUACUGCAACAGAGCCGCAGCGUUCAGUAGACUGGAGAAGCAUUUCGAAGCUAUAAGCGAUUGCAAAGAAGCUAUAAAACUAGAUCCAAGUUACGGAAAAGCCUACGGUCGACUUGGAAUAGCUUAUUCGAAUCUAAAUAAAUAUGACGACGCUUGUCAAGCUUACAAAAACGCUUUGAAAUACGACCCGGGAAACGCUAUGUACGAAACUAACUUAAAACUGGCCGAAGACAAAUUAUAUAAUAGCAUGGAAAACGCCGCUCCGCCAGAACAUAGACCGUUAGAUAUAUCCCAAUUCAUUAAUAACCCAAAUUUAAUCAAUAUGGCCACGCAAAUGCUCAGCGACUCGAACUUCAGAAAUUUGAUGUCGAGAUUUAUGUCAGUGCAAUCAUCUGGUGAUCCCAAUUUGGAUGUUUUAAUUCAGGCAGGCCAAUCAUUAGCUAGUAGAAUGCAGACAGCCGAUCCAAAUUUCGUUGAAAAUUUGAGGCGUUCUUUGGACCCACAGAACCUUUCGGGUCAAAAUCAACCACAAGCAGAUAGCAAUGUAGGAACUGAUAAGCCUAAUAGUGGUGAGAAGAAACCAGAAUAA